UAAAGUGUGAAGGGAAGUCUGCAGUCUUCUUCAGCUGCUUGUACUUUCAGCACCGAAAUUUGCGUGGAUUUUCGGGACAUAUGAAGGCAAAGGUGGCGUGAGGAGAUCAGGAUUAAUACCGGACAAGCCCAAAAUUACAAAAAAAAAUAAAGACUGCAUCUUUGCAUAUUGGGGAUUUAGAACAGCUGUUCCAGGUUGGUUUGGAGUUCCUGGAGAUGGAGUGGAGAGAGCAGCCUGCGGUUGGGUGCGAGGUGGCUUUCGUCGAGGCCCAACGAUGGGUGGAGGAAGUGACCAAGAAGAGAUUCGGGAGCAGUCACUUUCGAUCUGCGUUGGAGAAUGGGGUCUUGUUGUGCGACCUGAUCAACAAACUCAAACCCGGGAUCAUCAAGAGAGUGAACAGACUGUCCACGCCAAUCGCUGGAUUAGACAAUGUGACGGUGUUCUUGAAGGCCUGUGGGAAACUCGGGCUGAACGAUGCACAGCUCUUCCAUCCCGGAGACUUGCAGGACGUGUCCACCCGCGUGACCGUAAGGCAUCAAGAGACCUCUAGGAGACUGAAAAAUGUUCUGAUCACAAUUUACUGGCUGGGAAGAAAGGCACAGGCUGACCCAUGUUAUGGCGGACCACAGCUGAACUUUAAAGCUUUCGAAGGUCUCCUGGGUGUCGCUUUAUCCAAAGCUCUAGAGGAGGGGUCGUGCCCCAAAUCCAGCGCGAGGGACAGCGGUUUUGCUGAGACCUGGUAUCCUGACCGGGAGGUGCCGAGCUAUAGGAGGGAGGAUUCUGUAGAUAGCCUGGACUCUGUAGAGUCGCACACUCCAAGUGUGACCUCAGAUUGUAUGUUAAUAGCAGGCAGUGAAGGGUUUGGAAGUGACGCAGAGGCAGAGCACUGCUUUAGGAUGACUGAACCCAUGUCUGCAUCUGGAAGAGAGAGACAAAAUGUCCCGGCCCCUCUAAGGAAGAAAAGAUUCCAACAGCACGAAGAAGGUAGCAGGGGUCGUGUCGGUGCGCUCCACAGAGUUCCCAUGGGACAUUCUCUUAAUGUCGGGAGCAAGUCAAUGAGUGACAUCACCCUGGAGCCCACAGCAAAGGAGUCUGAAAGCAGCACAUCUUUUCAUUCUUCAAAAAAUCAACGUAGUAAAACGGCGACCGUUUCUAUGCGGCAGGAACUGUUUAGGCAAUAUCAGGGCAGACUGAGGGAGAGCGAGGCCAAGUGGCAGGAGGACCUGAACAAGUGGAAGACUCGAAGGCGGAGCAUGAACACUGACUUGCAGAGGACGAAAGAAGAGCGAGGGGUCACCGGGGUGACUUUUCCUGCCGGAGAGGAUCAGGAGAAAAGGCGGAGCAUUCACAGGGAGGAGCCUGUUAUGGCCUCCAUUGCUACAGAUGAAGCUUCCAGUUCUUUUCCGUUGACCUCCAGCAGCAGCAGUAUGCCUGCAACAAUGUGUUCAUCCGGACAUGUUCCUGACCACAGAGGCUGUUCUCCUGCUAAUGGCACGAUUGAGGCGAGUCAUCGCACACCUCCUGUAGUGAGCAGAGCAUCCGAUUACAUCCAGAGCUCCUCAUCACCCUCCAUGCCAGCCUCGGAUACAGACUCUGCUCCAGGGCCCGUCCAGCGUGCCAAGUCUUUAGAAGGUGUGUUUUCAGGUUCCCCACAGAUGUCGGCAAUGCUACCCAGAGGUUUCCGUAGGUCAGAGGGCACCUCAAGGCUCUCCACAGGUGUCACACCAAGGCCGUUUGGCACCAAGAGCUCCAGGAUGUCCACUCAGUUAAGAUUCCAAUCAAUAGACGAUCCCCCUAAUGACCAGCGAGAGCAAAGCCAUCUUCCUACAUCUUUCCCCCACCAAGGAACUCCUGAUUACAAAGAUGACUCUCACUCUAGUACACACUCAACUGUCCAGCAGGAAAAGAGGGAAAAGCGGAUCGACUCGGCACCUAGCAUUCACUCGUUUGUGUCUGCUAGCAUCCUGGUGCCAGAGAAAGUUUUGUGCACAAGCAGGCAGGACGAGGUGGAUCACCAUGACAUGCGAGUCAGUCUGACUAAGGCACCCAACAGCAGCACCGACUUUGGAUUUCAGGCUCAUUGGGACUCGACCGGCGCUCGCAUCAAAUCCAUCCAACCAAGCAGCCCAGCUCAGCUGUGCCACCUGCAAGCGGGCGAUGAGAUUGUGGCUCUGGGUGGACAGCGAGUGGCCGAAAUGAGCUACGAACAGUGGAAGGCUAAUAUGGAUGCUGCUCUACGAGAGGGCAAGUUGCUGAUGGAAAUCCGACGCCUCAGCCUUAACGGUCAUCCAGAUCACCACACCUCCAGCCUGCCCGUGGAGAACGAGACUAAAGGGCAGGUCAACGGCCAUCCUGAUCACGGUUUGUCAGUGAAAGCAACAAACGGAAGCUUUCAUAAAGGUCCAGACCCGACCAAAAACAAAGGAGGCUCAGAGUCGGCCAUAUCAGAUCUGCAGGUUCCCUGUAUUGGUGCGUCGUCCUCACGCUGGUCCUGGAACACUGAGGAGGAAAGGAGGAGACAAGAGAAAUGGCAGAUGGAGCAGGAGCACCUCCUGCAGGAGAAGUACAGGCGUGAUCAAGAGAGAUUAGAAGAAGCAUGGAGACGAGAUCAGCAGGAAGCAGCAUUAGAAGAAAACAACGGCCCUGAGGUUCAUCAACCUUCCGAGGAAGUGCCCUCUUUGCCCAGUAGAAACGUUAAGCAUUACGCUCCACCCCCUUUUCCUGGACGAUCCAAUUCCCCAAUUUUUGAAGCAGCUACCCAAAAAGCUCAAGAGACAGCACUUAUCCAGAGCAAACAGGUCCAAAUAGCAGCAGCAGCUCAUCCUUCCAUUGAGGAGUGUGAUUCAUCCUCAAAGACAAGCCAAUGGUUUUGCGCUCUGUUUGUGUGUCUGCUGCAAAUUUCACUGCCCUGUUGUAAAUGUCUGCUGUUGCUGCUGUCAUGCUUCAGGCCCGACGAGUCUUAUGAAUUCGCCAAGCUUACAGCUUCAGACAGGAAAAAAUCCAAAUCCACUCCCUCGCUUGAUGGCAAUCACAAACAAGACUCCAGAGUGGGUGUUAAGAAGAAGGGUCGCCCCUCUCAAGUCGAGCAGGACCGUCUGCAGAUCCUGGAGGAAAUGAGGAAGAAGACUCCAGUCCUCACUGACAGCAGUUGGAUCCGCCAGCGCAGCACCUGUACCAUCCACAAGGAACCCAUCAGUGUGGCAUCACUGAGAAGACACGAGUCUCUGGAGAACAUCCCCAGCAGCAGCAGCAGCAGCAGCACGAUCACUAACCGCAGCUCCUCGUCUAAGCAGUUCUCCAGCUCGUCUCAGUCCCUUUCAGGCCUCAGCAGUAUCGUUCCUUACCGAGGCUACUCAGGCCGAUGCAGCCUGGGCCCUGGCGCUGCCAUUUUCUCCAACGCUUUAAAGCAGAGCUCUUGGUCUCAGACUGCCUCCUUCUCUCCUGUAUCUGACACCGAGGAGGCGUGUAGCAGAGCGCAGCAGCGUGACAGACUGGCGAGCCACAGGCGACCCUGCUCCCGCUGCGAGCAGCCGCUGGUUAAGGGCCCGGCCAUGGUCAUCGAGUCUCUGGACCUAUGCUUUCAUGUCGGGUGCUUUAAGUGUGUCAGCUGCAGGACUGAGCUCAGGAGAGACCCGGAGUCUGGAGCUCAGGUGCGAGUCAGACAAAGACAGCUCUUCUGCAACACGUGUUACAACCAACUGCGAGGCCAUACCAGCAUUCCCAAGUGACCACAAUGCAUCUCAGCAGAUCCAGGAGAAGACUUUCCCAGAAGGUGAUCCGGACACGACGACCCCUGGUUCGGCUUAAAUUCCAAUUGGAUUUAGCCGCGACUUCUACCUUCCACUUAUGUUGUAGAUUUAAUAUUAUACACGUGAACUUGUCCAGGUUGUAAUUAUGUAGUUUCAGGGUUUUUUUUUUAAGUACAUUUUUACAUUUGUCCUUUAAUAAAGUUAGAUUGCCGAACUUCAUUAACACAGGAACAGUUAGACUUCGUCCUAUAAAAUCUGUCCUGCUAAUGCAAAGCAGAAACGAGGUGACAGCUUUUCCUUUCUUUCUUUCUUUUAAAAUUAGACUUAUGUAUCAUGAAGUUUCUCUGCUUUGCAGCUUGCAGCAGUACUGGAUUUCGUUCCUCACCCUGAUUGCAUAUAGUGUAUAAUACAAAUGUGCAUUUUCUGUAGAUAUUUAAGCCCACAAUGGUCUGCACGUAUUUUGUUCUUUAGCUUGUAAUUCACAGGGUUUUAUUUUGGAAGCAAGUCUGUUUUUAGGGAGAAAUCAGUGAUAUUUCCUAAUGUUUGUAAAUAAAAGGAUCCAAUAUGCA